AUAGAGUUUUACAAUCGGACUCCAUUACUUGAAAACGCCAUCCAUCACUUUCAAAAAUUAAAGCCUAUACUUGUUCAAGAAAUAAUGCAAUCUAUCCCGGUGACACCACCUGUAUGUGCUAAUUGGAAGGAUGGUGGUAACAUCUGCCCUCGCGAGGGCACACAUGCUUGCAGGGACUGCAAGCUAGUUCUGUACUGUGGUCGUGAUUGCCAGAUUGAGCAUUGGAACGAGCACAAGAAGUCUUGCAAAUCCUCACUGAUGAAGCCUGAUUGGCUCCCGGCGUGGGAUCGGGAAGGCAGAGAUCCAGCCUGGGCUCGCGGAGAGGCCGCCACCAACUUCUUCAACUCAUUCGGGAUGGAAAAACAUCUCUGGGGUAACACGCCUGCAAUGGAUGUGCUUCAGCUACAUAAGAAUGAGGGAAUAGCUUAUGGCAAGGAUUUAGCUAUCAUGUUUGCAGCAUCGGGAGAUUUGAGGAAUGUGGUCGAGACUAUACAAAGCCUACCAGAUCAGUUUGACCAACAAGUCAAGUUGACUAUCAAUGACAAAGAUUUCAGCGUCGUCGCUAGAAAUGUUGUGCUGCUACUGUUUGCUCUCACCUCUCUCGACAAGGAGCUUGAGCAAAUAAGCGCCGAGAGUUUGGCUGAAUCCCUCAUUCAUGUCUGGUACUCGGCCAUGAUCACUGAGGAUAUUCUGUCUCGUCUACAGUCAAGUGUGAAGCCACUCAUUGAGGAAGUGUGCCAGAAGAUUUCAAACAAAAGCCCGGGUGUCUCGGUAGGAAAGACCUGGAGCUUUAAGUCUGGAAGCACCCUCCGCUUGGUUCUAAAGAAAGAGGAUUGGGCUCGUGUACUGUCAUUUCUCGAAGUGCCCGAACAUUUAUCUGCGUCAGGUGCUCGCGCGGUCCGGCAUGCCAUCGUCCUAGCACCAGAGAGACAGGACUAUCGAGAGCGGUGGUAUUUCAAAGAUGCCACGCCGUCUAUGAGGGUUGCUAAACAGCGGUUCAGAGAGGAUGGCUUACUCCUACCCUUCGGACAUCCACGGCUCGGUUUCAACUGUCCCAACCCGACUAUCUUCCAGGCAGCCGAUUCCUGGCCUCUGAACGACCAGGCAAACCCUAUGAAUGGUUGGCCCCCGAGCAAGGUCAGAGCAACACCAUACAGAGCUGCCGAAGACUUGUAUGGGAGAUUUUUCUCCUAUCUUCGCACCACCUUCACAGCUUUUAUCAAGCGAGUUGCUACCGUGAAAAUGCACUUUGAGCUUUUUAAUGUUGAUGCCAUGGAAUUAUACCAUCUAGCGGAGAAGGGUGUAUACGACAGAGUAGAGACAUCAAAUAUUUCGGACGUUGCUUACCUUGGAACAUACGGAACCAUACGUUGCCUGUCACCCUUUCUCAAGCCGCCGCAGAUCAGUCAAUAUGCCACUCUCAUAACAAUUUAUAUGAAUGCAGUUAUGGAAGCCGCUAGAUUUUCCGGAGAGCUGGAAGCGCUAAAAGGCUUCGAAGACAUUUUCGACUACUUACCCGUCGAGGAUGGCCUAGGUUUCAUUGUGAAUAGCCAAGGUGCGAAAACCUAUCGUGUCUGGGAUGCGCGGGCUCUUAUCUUAGACGCGGACACACUCUUUGGCAAAUACAUGACCAAGCUUGAAUUCCACCGGAUUGCAGAGGACUUGCGGGUAAAGAUGAAGGAACAUAACACGAUCGGAGAUCCGUGGCCUACGCGUCUCAAACUUCGUCUGGGGGAGCCUGGUGCCAAGGAGGAAUUCUUGUAUGCUCUAUCGUCAUCUUUCAUAGGGGCUGAGCGGUGCGUUGAGUGGAAACGGACGGAGUAGGUAGCUCGGGACGGGGUGUCUUGCCAGAUUUUGGAUGUACAUUACCUUGACGAAAGGCGAACGGAAAAAAGGUAGGAAGAGCCGAAAAAGGGGAGGAUGGUACAGAGACGAUCUAAAAAUUGCAGACAAAAAUUCAAAAGUAUUUGAGGAUGCUGUGCCUGCCUACUGGGUGGUGUGUUGAAAAUUACAACA